AUGGCUGCAUCCCCCGGAGGGAUCCCCGAUGAGCUGCAAGAGGGCAUCACCUCCUUCCUGGGGACGAAGAAGGUUCUCCUGGUGAUGAGCAUCCAGCUGCAGGUGAAGUCAAAGUAUGACGACUAUAUCUUGGUGCUGACACCCUGGCGAGCCUACGUGCUGCCAGUGAUACUGCCAGUGAGGGUUCACAGCAGCUUCAGCUUCCUGGAGGUGAGGGAAAUGACAGUGCGAGAGCCCAGCCUGGUUGUCAUAGAAACAGAUGCAACAUCUUAUGCCUUCCGGUUCAUGUCCUUUGAUGAUUUGGAGCAAGUUAUCAUCCAUGUCACCAUGUCACUUAAGAAGGUCUUUCCAGACUCAUCCCCUGGGACGCUGCUUAAGAACUCCCCCCCCAACCUGUAUGAGAGGAUCCAGCGGAUCACCAACUCUCUGGAGGAGAUGCUGCAGAGUAGCCCCGGGCCCUGCGGGGGGUUUUCAGAGACCUACGCUGCUUUAUGUGAUUACAACGGCUUUGCCUUCCGCGAGGAGAUCCAGUGGGACGUGGACAACAUCUACCACAGCCAGGACUGCCGGGAAUUCAACCUGCUGGACUUCAGCCACCUGGAGAGCCGAGACGUGGCACUGAGUGUUGCUGCCUUGUCCUUCAACCUGUGGUUCACCAAGCUCUCCUGCAAGGACUUCAGGCUGAACCAGGAGAUUUCGGAGCAGCUGCUUUACAUGCUCAGCAAAUCAGUGACACUGGAGGAGCUGGUGCUGGAAAAUAGCGGGUUGAAAGCUGACUUUGCCCAGAGAAUGGCCCAGGCACUCAGCAACCAUCCCAACUCUGUCCUGCACACCAUCAACCUUGAUGGCAACCACCUGGAAGACAGAGGGAUUGUUGCCUUCAGCCGGUACAUGCAGAAGAGUCCCAAGGGUCUGCAGAGUCUCAGCUUGGCCAGGACGAUGAUCACUGCCAAAGGGAUGAGCACAUUAUGCAAGGCCCUCACAGAUAACAAAGCCAUCAGAUCUUCCCUCCGGCACUUGGACCUCUCUGGAAACCCUGGCACCCUGGUGGGGGACGACAUCAAUAACCUGCAGAGCCUCCUCCACCAGUGCCACUCGCUCGCCUACCUCAGCCUGGCUGGCACAGACUGCUGUUUGGAUGCUCUUUUUGGAGCCCUGGUCCACGGAUGCCACACCAGUCUUGUCCACCUGGAUCUCUCCAGAAACUUGUACUCCCACAGAAGGGUGAAAACCAUCUCCCCUGACAUCAAGGAGUUUUUCAGCCAGGCCUGUGCCCUCAGGCAUGUCUCCCUGGCGGGUACCAAGCUGCCAGCAGAUGCUGUAAGAGCAUUGCUGCAAGGGCUGGCAGACAACCGUCACAUCAGUGACCUGCGCCUGGAUCUUAGUAACUGCGAGCUGAGAUCAGCGGGAGCCCAGGUCAUCCAGGAUCUCAUCCCCGACGCCAGCUCCAUCAGCAACCUGGACUUGUCUGACAAUGGCUUCGACCCCGACAUGGUGACCCUAGUGCUCUCCAUCGGCAGAAGCAAGUCCAUUAGGCAUGUCUCUCUGGGGAAGAACUUCAACAUCAAAUCCAAGGAGGGGCUGUUGGAUGUCCUGCACCGCAUUGUCCAGCUCACCCAGGAGGACGACUGCCCUCUCCAGUCCCUGUCUGUGGCUGAAUCACGUCUCAAGCUGGGAACCAAUGUCCUGCUGAGUGCCCUGGGCAGUAACACCAGUCUCAUCGCUUUGGACAUCAGCGGCAAUGCCAUGGGGGACACAGGGGCCAAGAUGCUAGCCAAGGCCCUCCAGAUCAACACAAAACUCAGGACUGUGGUUUGGGACAGGAACAACACAACUGCUCAUGGGCUCCUAGAGGUUGCUCAGGCUUUGGAGAGGAAUUACACCCUCAAGUCGAUGCCCUUGCCAAUGAGCGACGUGGUGCAGGCGUACCGCAGCAACCCUGAGAAAACGGAGGAGGCAGUGCACAAGCUUCAGUCCUGCCUGAUGAGGAACCAGCUGCGGCACACGCUGCCUGCACAGACCUUCCGCCUGCAGCAGGGCAUCCUCACCACCUCUUCCGAACAGAUGGUGAAUGAGAUCUGCCUGAGUGUGCAGAAGCAUCUCGACAUCCUCAGCGCCUGCCCGAGCAGGGAGGCAGAGGCGGACAUCCUCUGCGCAGAGGAGGCCAUCAGGAACGCCAACCUCUCCGUCAGCAUCCUACCCCUCUUGUAUGAAGCAGGAAACACCCCGUACCAGAACGGCAAGCUGCAGCACAAGCUGGAGUGUCUCACAGAGGAAGCGUCACAGAUCUGUGGCCGGGAAAUCCAGGCGAUCAUGCAGGCAGCACUGGACACAGCGCACAGCCUUUGCCCAGUCAUGGUGCAGAAGACCAGGGUCAGGGACCAGCUAGUCAAUGCCAUGUCGGAGCAGAUCUACCUCCAGGACCACCUCAACCUCAGCACGGUUCUGGACCAGAUGGUCACUGAUGUCUUCAGCAAGCUGAAUGAAAUCAAGCUGUCUGUCACAGCCGCUGUGGCUGACUGCAUCGUGGAUGCCGUGCUGGGAGACCUGACCAUUGCCAAGUGCAAACUGGCAGACAGCCUCUCCAAGCAGGGGCUCGACCUCCCAGUACUGCUGCCGGAGCCAAAUGAAGAAGAUGCAGCUGCUCUGGCAAGGGGAAGGAAUCCUCCAGACCUCUCUGCAGAGGAGUACAAGAUGGCCCUGCGGAGGAAAAACAAGCAUUUCAGGAGCAUUCGGCCCACGCUAACUGUGAGAAGUAAGGCCACCGCGCGACUUUCCCUUGGCCGCAGCUCAGCACAGGCCCUGUCCCCUUUGCUGGGGCAUGGCCAGUGUGGGGGGCUCGUGCAGCCCGUGGCCUGCGAGAACAGCGAGGACAGGAGCAUCACCCGCGUGGACGAGGGGCUGGAGGACUUCUUUGCCAAGAGGCUCAUCACAGAGGAGCUGCCCCCCAUGGCUCCGGAGACCUGCCCAGGAUCAGCCCCUCUGGUCCACUCUGGCUCCCGUACCCUCAAGAAGAAAAUUGGGAAUUUUUUUGCCUUCAAGAAACCUAAAUCCAGCCGGGGCUCGAGAUGUGAGAAGGAGCCCGAGGGUGGCCCCACUGCCCCCAGAAGCAGGCGCUCGAUGCUCAGUGACAUUUUACGAGCCCCCAGCAAGGCGGGCGAGGCGGGCAAGCUGCUGAGUAAAUCAGAGGAGGGGGCACUCACUGCCGAGCCCCGGGCAGAGUCCGAGCACUGCCAGACCCCCGACUCUGCCCGCAGGAUCCGGCCCAAGUACUCACGGGAGGGCAAAUCCCAGUCGCUCAUAUUGCUGUCUGGGGAGGACGAGGAUGCGCUGGGGGUCAGGCAUGACAAGAAGAGGCACCUGGAGAAGAGUGAGGGGGAACUGCCUGGUUCCUUCGAGCAGCGUGUGCAGGUCAUGCUACACCGCAUCGGCGUCACCAAGGGCCCAGCUGCCGAGAGCAAGAAGCAACAGAACAAAGACAGUGAGAUCAAGAAAGCUGGCUCAGACGGGGACAUCGUGGACAGCUCUGCGGACUCCCCUCCCUCCCUGAAGGCCCGCACGCACUCGGUGUCCACAGAUGCACCCUUCCACAGCCCCGCUGCCACAACGGAGCCCAGCGCUGGACCGGCGGAGCCCCGGCCAGCCUGGAAAGCCCUGGGGAGGCAGCUGCCCGCCAAGCCGCAGGGCAUCAGCUCUGAGCAGCCCCGGCACUCCUUUGUCCUGGCCGAGCCCAGUGGGCUGCCAGAGCCAGGGGACCGGGAGGGCUGGAGCAGCAGCCUGCCACGGCCAGGGAGGAGCACGCCGGUGGCACUGCCACGGAGGGUCAGCCACGGUGGGGAGGUGGGUGCUGGCAGCCCCCUGCCCACCCUGCCUACACUACCCAGCACCGAAGACAACCGGCUGAUGCCACGGCUGGUGGCACCGUGGGGGGCUGGCCGCCGAGCUGUGUCCAUCCAUGAGGAGCAGCUCAGGGAGCCUGAGUGCCCACUGGAGCUAGGAACCGGCACUGUCCCCCUGCGCCUGCGGCGGUCGCCUGUGCUCAGACGAAGGACCAAGCAUGAUUCCCUCCCGGAGCCGGAGAGCGAGCCCGGACCGUGCUCGGAUGCUGCAGGUGGCACGCCACAGGACUGGCCCCAUGCCAGGCUGGAGGAGCCGCAGGCUGGAGCAGGCACUGAAGGCGAGCAGCCACAAGCCCUGGCACAAACUGUUGUGAAUGUACAAGACUCAGCAGCCGUAGACCAAAGAUGCCCGGUGCCGGGCCAGGGGGAGCCAGCCCAGGGACAGUGAAGCCCCUGCAUGCCGCUGCACUGUUCCCAAUAAAACCCUGCAAGCAAGAGCGUGGUGCCGGGGUGGUUGGCAGCUGGAGCAGAGAACGGGGCACAGCUCUGCUCCAUGCCAGGCUGGCGUGAAUGUGGCCAUGGGGCCGGCUAACGAUGGCAUCACCCACCUCCCGCUUCGGGGACGGCCGGGCCACCAGCACCGGGAGGGCAGGGACACCCAGGGACCGUGCUGCAGCCCCAGGGAUGCGCCGAGCAGCAUCACCUUCCUGGAUCUCUGCUGCCGCAGGCUGCAGCGGCGCAACGGGUGAUUUUAGGCAGCAGCUGGGCAGGCAGCGGCGGUGCUGGCAGCCAGCCAUUUUUAGCAAGCAUUACCAGGGCCCUUUCACCUCUCCAGCUCCUCACCCCGCAGGGUACUACUUUCUCCAGACCCCCAAGAUGCAGGUUUCCACCAGCAGGACCGUGACCCAUUGUGUUUCGAUCACGCAGCUCCGCUGUCCCCACAGCUCUCCCCGUGGCACCACCGUUACCCCAGCUCCCAAGAUGCUUUCUCCCAUGUCGACCUCCGCUCCGGACCAAAUGCAUUCCUUACACAGAUGUUUACGACAAAGCAGCAAGAUGCUUAUUUUUUUCUUUUUUCUUUUUUUUUUUUAAUACAAGAGCUGUGUAUUUAAAAA